GAAGAGUUUGUUAUAUCCGAGCUCCUUGACCGAUCGGAUGUCCAAGACGUAUACGACGAAGAGGAACUGAUCAAGGAAGACUAUUUCAAGUUAAAAACAGACCAGGAAAAUCACCCCGAUAAAUAUUACAUGCUGCACGCUCAAGCGGGAAAAUACAACGAGCAAUUCAAACGAGCAACGUUUGACAAGCAACCGUAUGGCGAUAAUGUUGUAGAAUUCAACCCACAUUUGGAUGAAGAAAUUCCUUAUGUAGCUGGUUUUGUCGGUAAAGACGGAGAACUGAUAAAAGAAUCGGAGUUCUACCUUGACGACGAUGCAAAAUCAAAUAAGACACUCAGCGCGAAACGCUUGCAGAAAAGAGGGGAAUACGACAAUGACAGCCUGAGUUACGACUAUGAAGGGUUCAAAGCUGAAUACGAACAGGAAAUCAAGGAAAUGGCAAAAAAGAACGAUACUUUGAAGUAUAGUGAGAUCAAAGAAGAGGAAACUCCAAACGAGGCUGUCAAAACUUUAAUCGAUUUCAGUGCCAAAAAUUGCACCUCCGAUGACCUCAAAUCGAUGAGUAUAAAUUCGGCAAGAUGUCUGUGGUUGGAGAUGAAGAAGCCGCAUUUCGAUAAACGGGAAAGGCUAAACUUACUGGAAAAACUUGCGAAACUAGUAGCGAUCUGGUUCAUUAUUUACUUGUUGAUAGCCCUGCCGCUUUGGUGUCAGUACGGUUGGUGUUGUUGCUGUUGUAGAUGCAAAUUCUGUAGACCUCUCGAGCAAAUCGACGAGGUGAAGACAUUUUUCGAAAACAAUCCCGUCGGGGUGUUUCGUGACGAAACGGGAAAGGUAUUUGCUUACGAACCUACCGACUAUGAGAAGUACGCGCAAAAGAAAUUGCAAAAAGCGAUUUAUAGCCUUUAA